AUGGUUGAGGAGAGUGAUAUUAUUGCAAUUGAAAGUUCUUCAUCAAGUUCAGGAAACAACCCUCAUUGUCUAGAAAUUACUGUAGAGAGUGAUAUUAUUGCUAAGGAAAGUUCUUCAGAAAAUUCAACAAACAACCCUCGAUGUCUAGAAAUUACUGAGUCUAUCAGACAACAGCUUUCUCAGAGGAGGUUGAAGCCAUCGUCCAUGGGAUCAGCUUGUAGCAUUUUCAGAGUCCACAAUAGAAUUCGGAGAAUGAAGGACGAUGCUUAUACUUCGGAUAUGGUCUCUAUUGGCCCUUAUCACCAUGAUAUAACCAGUCUCAAGAAGUUAGUGGUAGCUCUCACGUUGUUGGAAUCUGCUGCCCGUUGCUAUUAUGAAGAGCCCAUUGAAUUAAGUUCUAUAGAAUUUGUAGGAAUGACGCUCUUGGAUGGCAUUUUCAUCCUUGAGUUAUUCCAGAAAUAUACAAAUUAUGGGCUAGGGGAUGAAGUUCUAGUGGAGGAUUCACAUUUUAGGAGAGCAAGGAUUAUGGCUGAUUUGGUAUUGCUGGAAAACCAAAUCCCCUUGUUUAUUCUUGAAACAUUAUUCAACCUGCUAAGUAAUAAGGAUAUUGCUUCCGAACAACCACAACUCAUCCAAUUGGCUCUUAAGUUAUUUCGGCCAUUGAUACCAAAUAUUAUGAAAUAUUAUGAUGAUCUUGUAGAAAUGGACAAGACAAUUCGACACAGCCAUUUACUCUGUUUGCUAUACUACACAUGUGGGAGUGCUACUCCCAGGAUCCAAAGAUCAUCUGCAUCAGCCGAAUCGCUAAACUCUAUUCCAUAUGUAUCAGAGCUCCUCCUUUUGGGGGUUGAGUUCGAGAAGAUGGAGGGAAAUGAUGUUAAGUACAUUGACAUGAAGUACAUGGAACGAGUGUUUAAAAUCACUCCCUUGUGCAUUAAUGACUACACAUAUUUCUUCUUCCAGAACCUGAUGGCUUAUGAGCUACAUCGUUUGACAGUUGGGCAUCGCAUAACAUCCUAUCGAUAUCUUUGA